CAACUCUGGUAGCUCUCCUUGUCUGGUUGCUUUGAAGAAAGAAGAGCAGAAGAAGUAGAAGAAGUCAUGUCAGAGAUACUGGAUCUCUCUUUUCUGUCUGAAGUAGAAAGGGAUUUGAUCCUCAAUGUUCUACAGCGAGAUGAGGAGCUCCGGAAAGCAGAUGAGAAAAGGAUUAGGCGACUGAAGAAUGAGUUACUGGAGAUAAAAAGGAAAGGGGCCAAGAGGGGCAGCCAACACUAUAGUGAUCGGACCUGUGCCCGGUGCCAGGAGAGCCUGGGCCGUUUGACUCCCAAGACGAACACUUGUCGGGGUUGCAAUCACCUGGUGUGUCGGGACUGCCGCGUUCAGGAAAGCGAUGGUAUCUGGAGGUGCAAGGUGUGCGCCAAGGAAAUAGAGCUGAAGAAAGCAACUGGGGACUGGUUUUAUGACCAGAAAGUCAAUCGCUUUGCUUACCGCACAGGCAGUGAGAUAAUCAGAAUGUCCCUGCGCCGCAAACCUGCAGUGAAUAAAAGAGAGACAGUGGGACAGUCCCUCCUUUAUCAGACACAGAUGGGUGAUGUCUGGCCAGGAAGAAAGAUCAUUCAGGAGCAGCAGAAGGAGCCCAGUGUGCCGUUCGAAGUGCCAAAGCUGAAAAGUGGAAAGAGUGCACUGGAGGCUGAGAGUGAGAGUCUGGAUAGUUUCACAGCCGACUCCGAUAGCACCUCCAGGAGAGACUCUCUGGAUAAAUCUGGCCUCUUUCCAGAAUGGAAGAAGAUGUCUGCCCCCAAAUCUCAAGGAGAAAAGGAAACUCAGCCUGGGGGUCAAAAUGUGGUAUCUGUCGAUGAGGGUGAAAUGAUAUUCAAGAAGAACACCAGAAAAAUCCUGAGGCCUUCAGAAUACACUAAAUCUGUGAUAGAUCUUCGCCCAGAGGAUGUGGGGCAUGAAAGUGGCUCCCUGGGAGACAGAAGCAAAUCUGUCCCAGGCCUCAGUGUGGAUAUGGAAGAGGAAGAGGAGGAGGAAGAAGAAGAAGACAUUGACCACUUGGUGAAGUUGCAUCGCCAGAAGCUAGCUAGAAGCAGCAUGCAAAGUGGCUCUUCCAUGAGUACGAUCGGCAGCAUGAUGAGCAUCUAUAGUGAAGCUGGUGAUUUCGGGAACAUCUUUGUGACUGGCAAGAUUGCCUUUUCCCUGAAGUAUGAGCAGCAAACACAGACUCUGGUCAUCCACGUGAAGGAGUGCCACCAGCUGGCCUAUGCUGAUGAAGCCAAGAAGCGCUCUAACCCAUAUGUGAAGACUUACCUUCUGCCUGACAAAUCCCGCCAAGGAAAAAGAAAAACCAGCAUCAAGCGAGACACCAUCAAUCCACUGUAUGAUGAGGUCCUCAGGUAUGAGAUCCCAGAGUCUCUCCUGGCCCAGAGGACCUUGCAGUUCUCAGUUUGGCAUCAUGGUCGUUUUGGCAGAAACACUUUCCUUGGAGAGGCAGAGGUCCAGAUGGAUUCCUGGAAGCUCGAUAAGAAACUGGAUCAUUGCCUCCCUUUACAUGGAAAGGUCAGUGCUGAGUCCCUGACUGGCUUGCCAUCACACAAAGGCGAGUUGGUGGUUUCAUUGAAAUACAUCCCAGCCUCCAAACUCCCUGUUGGAGGUGACCGGAAAAAGAGUAAAGGUGGGGAAGGGGGAGAGCUCCAGGUGUGGAUCAAAGAAGCCAAGAACCUGACGGCUGCCAAAUCAGGAGGGACUUCAGACAGCUUUGUCAAGGGAUACCUCCUUCCCAUGAGGAACAAGGCCAGUAAGCGUAAAACUCCUGUGAUGAAGAAGACCCUGAAUCCCCACUACAACCAUACAUUUGUCUACAAUGGUGUGAGGCUGGAAGAUCUACAGCACAUGUGCCUGGAACUGACUGUGUGGGACCGGGAGCCCCUGGCCAGCAAUGACUUCCUGGGAGGGGUCAGGCUGGGUGUUGGCACUGGGAUCAGUAAUGGGGAAGUGGUGGACUGGAUGGACUCAACUGGGGAAGAAAUGAGCCUGUGGCAGAAGAUGCGACAGUACCCAGGGUCUUGGGCGGAAGGGACUCUGCAGCUCCGUUCCUCGAUGGCCAAGCAGAAGCUGGGGUUAUGAGUCCCUGUACUCCUCUGCAGGUCCAGCCCUGGCCAGGGCAAGUCAGAGGAAGUGAAGAAACCAAGAGCAAAGAUUUAUAAUUUAAAGUGCGUGUGUCAUGUAUGUGUGUGUACAAAUGUGUAUUUCUGCAAAUCUCAUUAUGCCAACUAGAGUGA